AACUAUCCCCAGCAAUCAGAUUGCUGCUUUCAGACGGACAGGGCGGGGCUUUUCUAAUAACCAAUCAGGUUAAGUCCUGAUAUGGAAAUAAAGCUGCGUCCUGAUUGGUUGCUUAGCUCUUGGUGACAGUUGCUAAGGGACAGGUGCCUCAGCUGUUGCUAGGACGACAUCUUGAUCUCAGGCAGCCAUUUUAUCUUCCAUCUUUGUGGACAACUGCCAUGUCCUGUGUCCGGCCCCCAGAAAUGAGCCGACUGGAGGAGGUGGAGAGCGAUGAGGAGGGCCCGGGCCCCGGGGAUGUCCUCUCCUGUGGAGGUUGCUUGUGGUCAUGCUUUACCCCGAAGGAGACGCCCCCAGCGGAGAGUGUCACCACCCUGGAGGAGCAGACAGUAGCCGGGUCCCCAUCUGACCAUAGUGAAGCCGCAGGGCCCGGGCUGGAGCGGAGGCCUUCUUUACUGGAGGGUCUGGUGGGGGUCAUCAGGGCCUCUCUGAGCUGGACUACGAGCCUACGGAGGAAACCUCAAGUUGAAGGCAGGAGACUGAUUUGCUGCCUGUUGGAGCCAAUGACUGUGCCCGAGCCGUGCCCUGUGUGCCCGAUCCUGUUGUGCCCGGCCUGUGACACCCUGCACUGCCACCCCAACUACAUCUACCACUGCCUGCUGGAGCAUCCCAGCCCCCCGGGUCCAGACGCCCUGCGCCCGGUGUCACCCUUCACCCUCAGUGACCUCAGUCUUCAUGAACCCAACCUGCUUGUUCCUGGAUCCUCCCUGACCUCUGACCCCGGCAGAGCAAUGAACCCAUAGUGUGGGCUCCAGUCUCCUUCAGACGUAUGUGAUCCAAAUAAAAGAGUUCACACACAAUGGUGCAACAAACAUGGGGGUUACGACCGCACAAGAGGCUUAACAGUUACCUUUACACGACAAAUGACAUCACUUUUCCACAUACACACCUUCCUUUUUGAUGGAAGUCACAUGACACACUAAGAAAAAACAAUUACCAAUGGAGAAACUUUUUAAACGCCCCUCCUAGUUACUUCCUCCCUUACUUUUCUGGCCAAUCACAUAACAUCCUCCUCUUUGCUAUGAGAGUACACCAAUCAGGCUGGACUGUGCAGUACACAACUACAGAUGAUGUGGAGGGGGAAGAGGUACUGUGUGAGCAAAAAUUAUAGAGACAGCAAGGAAAGGGUUACACUUCGCACUGAGCUGGCGGCACUGUGUUGGGGGAGGAUUCACCUGAUUAUUCAUCCUGAUUAUUUACUGACGCGCUGAGCAGAAAGGAAAUAAAUGAGCAGCAGCACAGCAAGGAAGCUUCCCGCAGUCUCUCUCUC